AUGUCAUCUGCCCGCCGGACGAGCUGGAGCCGUGCAGCGUGUGUGCGCGCGGCGCGGCGCGAGGAAGGGACGCGCUGGCGCCGGCUGAGACCGCGGCGAGAGGGGAGGAGGAGGAGGAGAAGGACAGCCGUCAGUCAAGAGUUUAUCAUUACGAGGACCGGGCGCAUGUUGAGCGCAAAGGGCAAGUACAUCAUCACCAAGACGGGGACCAAGUUCCAUGUGUCUCCCACGUGCUACAGACUCGGGAAGGCUCGGUCGCUCUCGUAUGCCAUCUGCCCGCCGGACGAGCUGGAGCCGUGCCGCUUGUGUGCGCGCGGCGCGGCGCGAGGAAGGGACGCGCUGGCGCCGGCUGAGACCGCGGCGGGAGGGGAGGAGGAGGAGGAGAAGGACAGCGUCAGUCAAGAGUUUAUCAUUACGAGGACCGGGCGCAUGUUUCAUGCGGAUCGCCAUUGCUACAACCUGAGGAGGGCGACUAAGAAGAUUCCCGUGACAGAUGUGCCGAUGAGGCUUGUCCCUUGCCCAAAGUGCACGGACGGGAAACGGCCUGGCGCGAGGCAUGCGCGCAUCCGAGAAGAAGAGGAGAAGGAAGAGGCUGAAGAGCGGAAGGAAGUGGGGAAGAAGCUUGUGCCCUCGAAGACGUCAUCGGCUUUGAAGGCGUGCGAGAGGAUGUUCUUCAAGACGACGAAGGGCGAUAAGGUUCACGUAGAUAGGGACUGCCGCCACCUCAAAAACAGAGAGGUGUUGGUAUGCGACCCAGUCGUUGAGGAGAAGGAGCCGUGCCGCACGUGCUCGUUGGCCCUCUUUCAGGAACUUGAAGUCAGCCAAUGGUGCCACUUUUGUGAGGACAUGACGCACAUUGGUUCGCUGCACGUCGUGUCUCUGUUUGCUAUCUACAAAGCGGCUGACAUCAAAAAGGUCGUGGCUGGUGGAAUGAUUUUAAUUGUACGACUGUAA